AUGGUGCCACGUAUUCUCGUCGGUCUUCUAUCUGUUGCAACCUUCGCUGUCAGCAAGGCCGCCGCGACCGUCUUUUGUGAGCCAACAUCCCCAGGCCAGUGCACACUUUCCCUCAUCGGAACUUAUGACCCAGACUACUGGCCCCAUUCCUAUUGGAAAAAGGCCGAGGUUCAUGACAGUAAUUGCCAAGUCAUCGGCACAAGGGUGCAGAACGACGUUGUUUUCGAAUAUCUCAAAUCCGUCGUUCCCUUCUCAAUUUUCAGCACUCUUCCUUGGACUACAGAUAUCACGCAUCUCGACGAGGUCGGUGAAUAUAACAGAAUUGGUAUGAAAUAUGGCGAUUACGAGUACACUGGCGAUUUCGACUGUGCGCUCAUUCAGGAUGUACUGUUGCCCAACCCCAAUAACCAGGAUAAUGUCUGCAAGCAUGUCUUCCCAUGCGCUUGA